CAACGUUUAUUCCAAUAUCCUAGGACAACAAAAAUAUCGUUGUCAAGAAAAGGAGAAAAGAGGAAACGGGAUGAUUAUGAAAACGAGACCAUUUGACAAAACGCUCCGAAAAGAAUCUGCGUUGUGGACCGUUGGAUGGACACAAGGACCGUCGAUUCACUGACUGAUCUUAUGGGGAAAAUGUUUCUGUCGGAUUCAAAAUGUUCGUUAAACUCCAGUACAACAUGUCGGUGCCUUUCCCCGUACAAUUGUCCGUGUCCGUGCCAAUGUCCGAUGAACACAUCUGAUCUUGCUAAUGAAGGUGAUUACGAUACGGAUAUGGUAUGUCACUUUUCCCAGACCGAGCAAUGCUCUGAUUUGGUUACGGACGGAUGUCUUGGAACGGGCAUGGGUAAUUCCUAUGUCCAGACCGAACGAUCCCAUCCGACUUCCAACGGUAGCUUCGAUGCGGAUAUGGAUUAUCAGUACUCGCAGACUGAACAAUCUUCGCAUCUAGUUUCCGACAGAUGUUUUGGAACGGACAUGGGAUAUGCCUUUGCCCAGCCCGAACAAUCCAAUCUGGUUGCUUAUGGGGGUUUUGAGACGGGCAUAGGUUAUCCCUGCGUCCAAAUCGAACAAUUCCAUCCGACUAUCAACGAUGGCUUCAAUACUGAUAUGAAUUAUCAGUACUCCCAGCUUGAACAAUCUUCUACUCUGGUUGCCGACGGAUGUUUUGGAACGGACACGGGAUAUCCCCAUGCUCAGCCCGAACAAUCCAAUCUGGUUGCUUAUGGGGGUUUUGAAACGGGCAUAGGUUAUCCCUGCGUCCAAAUCGAACAAUUCCAUUCGACUGCCAACGGUAGUUUCGGUACGGACUUACAUUAUCCCUACGCAAAUACCGAAUACUUCAAGGAUGCAGGUGACAACGUAACCAUGUGUAACGUUGAACCACUAACGACAACUACUGUUGAAUUACAUACAUUAAAUACAUUCCGGAAGCCACAAAAUAUUGAGGAGAAAGAAAAGGAAACAAAGGAGGAAAAGGAAAAAAAGGAAGAAAAGGAGGAGAAAGAAAAACAACUUAGCGAGGUAUUAUUAUUAGCCUCCGAGAAGUACUGCCAAACCAUGGAGGCUCUGAAUGCAGAUCCAAAUUUGAACGACGAUGAACGAAAAAAGUUGAUGGAAAAGACUCACGAAGAAUAUAUGCAAGUCAUCUGUGAUAAUCCAUCUACUGAUUCAGAUUCGACUACGGAUGAUGAGUUCGACGAUGAGGAGGAGGAAGACGAGGAUUUGGAGGAUGAAAGCGAGAAUGAAUUGAAAAUGAUACACAGAACAUCAAGCAAAAACAAUGAUGAGGCCAUAUCGAACCAAGCCCAUGAACAGCGAACGAUAAUACUGUAAAAUGUUAUAGUUCAAGUACGGCAUAUAUAAUAUUAUAUGCGGCAUACGCAUUUUGCAUGUACAAUAUUUGCGUAUAUUAAUACGUACAGAAGAUGAGGUGCCAUCAUCUUGCACUACCAUCCGAAGAUUUUGGCGUUCGGUGUGGUAACAUUAAACAUUCAAGAUAUUUAUGAACAACGUGU